UGCGAUAGAAUAAAGGCAGUCCAAAGUAAACUCCAACUCGGACUCGGUCAAUUGUAGGGACAUGUUCCUUGGUGCCUCAGGCGCUAAGGCACCAAGAUAGCUUACACAGCCAUAUGUGGCUCAAGCACAGCUCCAACACCAGACAAACAGCCUGAGCUUCCACCUCCCAUCGUCAUCCUCCAUCCGCCUGCCAUCCCUCCCCUCUCCGAAGCUAUUUACUUUCACCUCCUGGCCGCUUCUCUCCAACGCUUGCUAUUGCAGACUUUAAAUCACGCUUAACCCUUCCUUGCAUUCCAUCAUACGCCAUGCCUGCCACGACGGCGGACACCCUUUCCCUUGUCACGCGGACCGUUACGGUCGCUCCAUUAGUACUCCUCUCUGUCGCAGAUCACUACGGACGCUCGGCCAAGGGGACCCGGAAGCGUGUUGUCGGUGUGCUGCUAGGUGAACACAUUGGCCAGAAUGUCAGGGUAUCGAACAGUUUCGCCGUCCCUUUUGAGGAAGAUGAAAAGGAUCCGUCGGUGUGGUUCUUAGAUCACAACUUUGUCGAGUCAAUGCGAGACAUGUUCAAGAAGAUCAACGCAAGAGAGAAGUUGAUCGGAUGGUACCAUUCCGGCCCGAAGCUACGAGCCUCCGAUCUCGAGAUCAACGAACUGUUCAAACGAUACACACCGAAUCCGUUGCUAGUGAUUGUUGACGUGCAGCCAAAGGAGGUUGGCGUGCCCACUGACGCUUACUUUGCCGUUGAUGAGAUUAAAGAUGACGGUACCACUACAUCUCGGACAUUCGUGCAUACUCCAUCCACGAUUGAGGCGGAAGAGGCGGAAGAAAUUGGUGUCGAGCACCUGCUCCGAGACAUCAGAGACGUCGCCGUCGGGACACUCUCAACUCGUAUCACAUCGCAACUGCAGUCCCUCCAGGGCCUGCACCUUCGCCUACGCGAUAUCGGACAGUAUCUCCAGAAGGUUCUCGACCACGAACUACCAGUCAAUCACGCCAUUCUCGGCAACCUUCAGGAUGUCUUCAACCUCCUCCCAAACCUCUCCACGCCCACUGCCAGCUCCCGCGCCGGCGGAGAGCCAGAACCACCAACAGAUAAUACGGAGCUGGCUCGCGCCAUGAGCAUCAAGACAAAUGAUCAAUUAAUGGCUAUCUAUUUGAGCAGUCUGGUCCGUGCCGUCACCGCAUUCCACGACCUUAUCGAGAACAAGAUCCAGAACCGGCAACAGCAGGAGGAAAAUGACCAGAAGAGGGAACAGGAGGCCAACGCUGCCAAGGGUGAGAAGGAUGGCGCAAAGAAAGCAAAUGGGGCUGCGGCUGAGCAGAAGGAGGAUCAGGAGUCCAAGGACAAAACAAAGAAAAGGUAGAUAAGCUAAAUGCGAUA